AUGGCUCCUUACGCUCCCACCGACGGCAUCAGCCAGCUCACGCUCGACCAGAGCAAGCACUUCACCGAGGCGCUCCAGGAAGCGUUCAAGAGCUCGAGUGACGAGCACAAGGUCGCGGCCGAGAAAGUCUCGGAGCUCGUCAGCAGCGACGCCUCGCUGAGUCUGAGCGUCGUGUCGCAGGCGCUCCGCAAGGCGCUGCUCAGCGACGACGCCGAGGCGAAGGUCGUUGCCGCGCUGGUCGUCGACGACCUCAUGCAGAAGCACGCCGAGCGCGUGGAAGCGUACUUAGUGCCGCUGCUGUCGGUGUUCUUGGACCUCUUGGCCGACAAGAAGCCGACGGUGCGUCCUGUCGCACAAGAAGCGGCGCUCACGAUCAUCAGCUCGGCCAACAAGAACUCGACGAUCCGUCUCUUGCCCAUUCUCUUUGCUGGUCUCGACCGGACCAAGAAGUGGCAGACGAAAAAGGGCUCGCUCGACCUCAUUGCCGAGCUCUCGAAGGUGGCGCCGUACCAAGUGGGACGCUGUCUCCCGGACAUUAUCCCGCAAGUCACGGACUGUAUGUGGGACACACGAAAGGAGGUGAAAGUCGCGGCAAAAGACACGAUGACGAAGGUCUGUUACGUCGUGGGCAACAUGGACAUUGAGCCGUUUAUUCCGGCGCUCGUGAGCUGUCUCGCGAACCCCACGGAGGUGGCCGAGUGCACGCACAAGCUGGCGUCGACGACGUUUGUCAAGACGGUGGAAGCGCCUGCGCUGGCGAUCAUGGAGCCGCUGUUGAAGCGUGCGCUUGCUGAAGGCAAGACGGCGGUCAAGCGUCAGGCGUCGGUUAUUAUUGACAACAUGUGCAAGCUGAUGGACGACCCUGCGGAAGCGCAGCUGUUUAUUCCUAAGCUCUUGCCGGGUUUGAAGAAGGUGAUUGAGACGCAGGCUGACCCGGAGUGUCGCGAAGUGGCAACGCGUGCUCAUGAGACGCUGUUUGUCGCUGGUGGAUCGAUGGAAGUAUCGGAAGACGAGCUCAAGGUGGACUACGAGAACAUUCACAAGGUGGUGAUUGAGUCGAUUGCUGCCAGUCCGGCGGCUGUCAAGGCAGGCAUUGACAGCUUUACGGUGGACUAUGUGACGGGCAUUUGCUACUUUUUGGUAGUUGCACGCAACUUUAACAAGAGUGUGUUUGAGAAGGAGAUUGGCGCGUACUUCAAGGCGUUUUUGGGUCCGGAGGAGCUGAAGCCGGUGGCAAAUGAGAUUCGCGAUCGUUGUUUCAAGGAGAACAAGUCGAUCUUUAUUGAGGAUGUGGACUGUGACGAGGGCAUCCCUGACCUCUGUAACUGUGAGUUCUCGCUUGCUUACGGUGGUAUGAUCUUGCUGAACAAUGCUCGUCUCCGUCUCAAGCGUGGUCACCGUUACGGUCUGUGCGGUCCCAACGGGUGUGGUAAGUCGACGUUGAUGCGCGCCAUUUCGAACGGUCAGCUGGAGGGAUUCCCAAGCCGCGACGAGCUGAAGACUGUGUUUGUGGAGCACAACCUGCAGGCUUCGGAAGCGGAGCUGUCUGUGGUGGAGUUCAUCCUGGUGGAUGAGGACCUCAAGGACACCCCGCGCGAGGAGGUUGAGGACACUCUAUCUGAUGUGGGCUUCACAGAUGAGAUGCAGGCCCAGGCUGUCGGCACUCUUUCCGGUGGUUGGAAGAUGAAAUUGGAGCUGGCUCGUGCUAUGCUGCGAAAGGCUGACAUCUUGCUGCUCGAUGAGCCGACGAACCACUUGGAUGUCAAGAACGUGGCUUGGCUAGAGAACUACCUCACGGGCCUGACCAACGUGACGUCGAUCAUGGUAUCGCACGACUCUGGUUUCCUCGACAAGGUCUGCACGAACAUUAUUCACUACGAGACGCGAAAGUUGAAGAUCUACAAGGGCAACCUGUCCAAAUUCGUGGAGCAGAAGCCAGAGGCGAAGGCAUACUACGAGCUUGAGUCGGAGAAUGUGAAGUUCACGUUCCCUGAGCCUGGUUUCCUUGCUGAUAUUAAGAACAAGGGAAAGCCUAUCAUUCGACUGACGAAAUGCUCGUACCAGUACCCUGGCACGACCAAACCGUCGAUCAACAACAUUUCAGUAACGUGUGCUCUUUCGAGUCGUAUCGCUGUGCUCGGACCCAACGGUGCCGGUAAGUCGACAUUGAUCAAGAUGCUUACGGGUGAGGUCGAGCCUACCUCUGGCCAGAUGUGGAAGCACCCUUCCAUGCGUUUCGCUUACGUGGCUCAGCACGCUUUCCACCACAUUGAGUCGCACCUUGAUGAGACUGCAAACCAGUACAUCCAGUGGCGUUUCCAGUCUGGUGAAGACAAGGAGCUUCUGGCCAAGGAGACGCGUAAGCUGUCGAAGGAGGAGAAGGAGCACUUUAAGAAGCCGGUAAACUGGGAAGGCGAGAAGCGUGUGCUGGAGGAGAUUGUGUCCCGUCGUAAAUUCAAGAAGAGUUUUGAGUACGAGUUGAAGUGGGAGAAGUGUCCGGUGGACGACAACGCCUGGGUGCCUCGUGAGAAGUGUGAGAAGUGGGGCUGGGACAAGCUGUUGCAGAUUGCCGAUGACCGCGAAGCUGCUCGUGCCAACCUGCAGUCCCGUCCGCCCACUGCCAUUGCUGUGCAGAAGCACCUUGACUGCUUUGGCUUGGGCGCUGAGUUCGGUACCCACUCGCGCAUGCGUGGUCUGUCGGGUGGUCAGAAGGUGAAGGUCGUGCUCGCCGCUGCAAUGUGGCUGAACCCGCACAUUUUGGUGCUCGAUGAGCCGACGAAUUAUCUUGACCGCGACUCGCUUGGUGCUCUGGCUUCGGCUAUUAAGGAGUUCAACGGCGGUGUGGUCAUGAUCACGCACCACAACGAGUUCUCGUCGGCCUUGACGCAAGAGACGUGGAAUGUCGAGAAUGGUUUCCUCAUGAUCGAGGGGCAGCCAAUGGAGGACAAGACGAAGAUCGAGCAGAAGGACGAGGAGGAAGUCAUCGAUGCUUUCGGUAACGUCACGAAGACGAAGGUCAAGCGCAAACUCACCCGCAAGGAGAAGAAGGCCAAGGACAAAGCUCGCAAGGAGGCAGAAGCUUGCGGCGAGUACUGGAGCGACUCGGACGCGGAAUAG